AAUAUCGGGGAGUUCGGGAAAUCUCGAACUUUUCCGAAGUCGUCCGAAGAAGCUGUCUGGCUUCCGAAGCUAUCGAAAAUGGCGGCUGCGACCUUGUCGCCAGUUGUCCAAGCGAUUGAUCAGAAAUCUGUCCAUCAGAUUUGUUCUGGACAGGUUGUCUUGACCAUCGCAACCGCUAUGAAAGAGCUUGUUGAAAAUAGCUUGGACGCUGGAGCUACAAACAUUGAUAUUAAGCUGAAAAAUCAUGGCGCUGAUGUUUUGGAAGUCAAUGACAAUGGAUCCGGUGUGGAACCCCUUAAUUUCGAAGCUUUAACUUUGAAGCACCAUACUUCUAAACUCAGAGAUUUCUCGGAUCUGACAAGUGUUGAAACCUUUGGUUUCAGGGGGGAGGCGCUUAGCUCUCUGUGUGCGCUAAGGUAAGUAAGAUUAAGUGUUCGAUUUUCAAUUCUAAAUAGUAUCGAUCUUUCUUCCUUAGAUGGGGUGGAUGUGAAUGUCACUCCUGACAAGCGUCAGGUGUUUGUCCAGGAAGAAAAGGUCCUGCUGGCCACCAUUAGAACCUCUUUGAAGAGAAUGUAUGACCCUAGCACGGCUUCAUUUGAUAUCAAUUACAAACCUCUAACGCAGAUAAAACUAUCCGAUUCAUUCCUGUCGAGAGACGUUGACAGUGUCAGUUCUCGUGAGAUUGGGGAACUGCAGAAUCAUGAGGAUUCGUGCACUGCAGUGAAGCAAGACAGAAAGGUUGUGGAGCCGGCGACUGUGUUGACAUCAAGGUCCGACGUGCCUAUCGAAAAAGGAAAGUUCCCUUCACUUAGCAGCUUUAAGAGGAAAUUCUCGUCUCUUGAUGAAGAUCUGGCAAACAAAGCUAAGGAGCCUUGUAGUAAACAAGUAAAGCUUACCAGUAUCUUUAUUCGGGAAGAAGGAGUGGGAAGUUCUUCCUCGACAGUGGCGACUGGAUCACUAGGAAAGCGUUCGUUUGCUACUUACGGCUUUGGAAAGAAUGAAGACCAAAACGAAAAGUGUGAAAGUAGUGAUAUAGACGCUAUUGAAAUCAGGGAAAAAGUCGAUAAGGGAAACUUCAUUGUGGACCGUUCCAUUCCAGAAUUUGGUGACGAAGACUGCAGUGGACAGAAUGCAAGUGAUGACGAUGUAAAAGUCAUUGAAGUCAAAGAGAGAGCCAGUGAAAAAUUCUUUGUAGAUGAGAAUUCCACCCAAAAUUUUGAAUCAAGUAGUGAUGUUCGUUUGAAAGAAAGUCAUCCUAAAAGAGAGGAGAGGGAAAACGUGCAGAGUGACUCAACUCGUUCGGAGACAAACCAUCAGAAAAAGGUCAGCAGAGCUACGAUCUAUCAACGGAAAACAGGUAUCGAGGAAGACUCAUCUAGUGAAUCCAUACUUGUUGUUCCCAAACGUAUCAAGUCUUCGAAAUCGGAUCGUGUUUUUAGAAACAGAAGAGAAGUUACAGUGAACUUUAGUAUGGACCAACUGAAGAGGAAGCCAAAGACGCAGCAAAGAGAGAGCUCUGGGGCAGUUGAAGCUCGCUUGUUUAGAGCCAAGAUUGCACCGGAUAGCAACUCCAGCGCUGAAAACGAACUGAGAAAGAACAUCAGCAAAGAGAUGUUUCAAAGGAUGGAAGUCUUAGGUCAGUUUAAUUUGGGCUUCAUUAUCACAAAGCUGGAUAAUGAUUUGUUUAUAGUCGAUCAACACGCUUCAGAUGAGAAAUUUAACUUCGAAGAUCAACAGCGAAACACAACGAUAAAGUCGCAGCGUCUCAUUGCUCCGCAGAAACUUGAACUAACGGCUGCUAACGAAGCUAUCCUCAUGGACAAUGUGGAGAUAUUCCGAAAGAAUGGAUUCGAAUUUGAGAUUGAUCCAAACGCCGAAGCAAUGAAAAAAAUCAAACUGGUUUCCCUUCCCACGAGCAGGAACUGGACCUUUGGUGUGGAGGAUAUCGAAGAGUUGAUUUUCAUGUUGAGUGAUUCCCCUGGUGUGAUGUGCAGACCUUCUAGAGUGAGAAAAAUGUUUGCGAGUCGAGCGUGUCGCAUGUCAAUCAUGGUUGGAACGGCUUUAAAUCAUGCUCAGAUGAAGAAAAUUCUGUGUCACAUGGGUGAGAUUGAGCAUCCCUGGAACUGUCCUCAUGGUCGACCCACCAUGAGACAUCUGGUGAAUCUUGGUAUGCUGCCGUCAUAAGAUUUAAGUUGAAAACUGAUUCGCCUGUUUUAUGUCUUACCUGGUCGGAAGUCAUGCUCAGAUGAAAAAGAUUCUGUUUCACGUGUGAGAUUGAGCGUCCGUGAAAUUGUCCUCACGGUCGACCCACCAUGAGACAUGUGGUGAAUCUUGGCAUGCUGCCAUCAUCAGAUCUGAACUGAAAACUGACUCACCUGUUGCAUAUCUAACCUGGUCUGAAGAGCGUUUAGUCAUGCUCUGGUGAAGAAGCUGUUCUUUUGUUGGCCCACCAUGCAUGAGACAUCUCGUAAUCUUCUGUAUGCAUAAGCUGUCAUUAUCAUGUUUGGAUUGAAAAUUGCUGUUCGACCUGAAACUGUUUUAGGUUCAUUAUGUCCAGUAUCUUUCCGAUUCAUAGUUGAGUUUAUUUUUAUUUUUCUGUAUGACAUGAAAAUUAUACGUUUUCUUUAUUUCUAACCUUAAUAUAUUAUCGUAAAGAAUAAAGACGUCAGACGUUAGUUUUCCAACUGUCAGUUUUCUUUUCGUUCAGACUUGGACGAAAUACAGCCCAUAGAAACAGAACUUUAACGGAAACGGGACUGUUCAUUAGCAGAACUCCAAACCUUUCUUUAGUUCCUCAAAAUGCAACCCACUCCUGCGUUGGUAAGGUUCUGCUUUUUUUUUUUUUUUUCAUGGUGUGCACUAUGGAUUUGCGAUUUUUCCGCUGGUCAGGAUAUUUUAAAGGGUACACUGCAAACGUGUUUCUCGCACUGUGAAUCUUUUUUCUGCAGUUAAACUACACUCGGAAACUUCAAGACCAAGGGAAGGAGGAAGAAUUUAUAAUGGCAAUUCAGAAAAGAUCUUUGGGCGUUUAGUUUCCUGGGUAUCCCAGGAGAGUGUCGUGGAACCCGUUUCUCACUUUUGGGGGAUGGGGUGGGCAGUAAUUUUAUUGCAUAUUCCUUUUCUGAGAAGAUUACAUGAAUUACCACGAAUAGUGAAGCCUGCGGUAGCAAGCAUUCCCCUACGAGCCAAGAGUUUCUUGCCUGCUGGUCGCGGGAAAUUUGGGGCGAGACAAAAUAAUGGCGCACGGCAGGCUUUUGGCCAGAUGGGUGCACAUGCGUCCUCUGGACGCCCACGUUUUACAGAAAAUUGUUUUAUUUUUCACAUUUUGCUUUAUAAAUUGUUCAUUUAAGCAGAUCCCAUAACACAUUUUGGACGCCCACUUUUCAAUCGUGGCUAAAAGUCUGGUGCGCGGCCUGAAUGAGGUGAAAACUCUUUCGUUCGUACGGGAGCACUUUACGCGCGCUCGAAUAGUUAGAUAUAAAUUCUUCAAGGUGUUACAGCGUAGCUCAACAAUGAACAAUCAGUUGCUUUUUUUCCUGAAAUGAUGAGCUCGCCAAUGUCUUAUCAGCCAAUCACCACUAAGAAGAAAAGUAGAAUAAGCCAAUAGCGUAGCACGUCUCGAGAGUAUUGAAAACGUCGCGCAA